GCAGAGCUCACAGUUUGGAGAUGAAAAAACAUUUAAUGACCCAUCAUUGCUGGAAAAUCUCCAGAAUAACCAUCCGACCGCACCUAUCAUUUGUGAAUUUCUCACAAUGAUGGCAGUCUGCCACACAGCUGUACCAGAGAGAGAAGGAGAGAAGAUCCUCUAUCAGGCAGCAUCUCCAGAUGAGGGAGCACUGGUCAGAGCGGCCAAGCAGUUGAAUUUUGUCUUCACUGGAAGAACUCCUGACUCGGUCAUCAUAGAUUCGCUGGGGCAGGAAGAAAGAUACGAAUUGCUCAAUGUUCUAGAGUUCACCAGCGCUAGGAAAAGAAUGUCGGUGGUGGUUCGCACUCCAUCCGGGAAGUUACGGCUUUACUGCAAAGGAGCUGAUACAGUAAUUUAUGAACGACUUGCAGAGACUUCAAAGUACAAAGAAAUCACCCUAAAACAUUUAGAACAGUUUGCUACAGAAGGUGAGCAUUAUAUGGGAAUAGAUCAUGAUUGAAACACAAAGAAAUCA